CCCUUCCUCCUCCAGCGAAAACCAAGCCACCCCUGAGCGGGGCGGGCAGGUUUCUUUAGCCACCGCCUUGCCCUCACUAAAAAUGGCCGCCAACACAUCCGACCCUUUUUAGGGCGAACGAGGCGCCGCCGUGUCCCGGUGGCGGCCCUUUGUGGUCGGGGGCUGCAGGAAGCGAAGGCGCCGGGCAUCCUCCCUGAAGCGUGGCUGUGCUGAGGCGCGCCGGGGGCAGCAGGGUUUCAUGAGUCAGACUGGGCUGUUUGGAGUUUCUUCUGAAGAUGUACAUGCUGGUUGAAAACCGCACAAGUUCCUUUCUUCAUCUGAAGAGGUCACCUGGCAUCAGAUCGUGGUCUGUCUUUGUUGGAAUAGCCUCCAUAGGGUUGGCUGCUGCUUAUUACAGCGCAGACAGCUUGGCAUGGAAGCUCUUCUACAUGGCUGGGUGUUUCUUUGUGGCAGCACAGAAUCUGGAGCAGUGGGAGGAAGCUGUAUUUGAUAAGAACAAGGGAACAGUCUGCCUAAAAACAUUCAACCUCUACAGAAAAAUACUGACUCUAUCAAAAGGAGGAAAUGAACAAGUGGUGGCUCUACUGCAUGAGAUCAGAGAUGUGGAUGUGGAAGAAGAGACUGUGCGGUAUUUUGGGAAGGGUUACAUGGUUGUGCUACGGUUUAUCACUGGAUUUUCACACCCUCUGACUCAGAGCGCUGUGCUGGGCUGUAGAAGUGAUGUGGAAGCAGUUGCCAAGCUCAUUACUAGCUUUCUGGAACUGGACCGAGUAGCAAGCCAACAGGAUCUCUAUGAGAGCAGUGAAACGGAGGCUAGUGAUGCUGAUGAACCACAGGAUGAAUAUUAAUACUGUCACGAGCUGAAGAAAGCAGAGCCUUCCAAACAUCUGGAAAAUAUGCUGGUUCUUCAGAAAGAAAUUCCUCAGUCUUGACCCAGGGCAUUUAUCUACGUGUGUGUUUUCAGUGGGAGGAAUCUGUCUUAGGGCACCUCUUACAGUGCUAAACUGCUUCAAGAUUCACACUCCCAAUACUGCCAUUGUAGAGUCCAAAGCAAAUUCUGUUUUAGUUCUUCUUUGACUUAGUUCCUGAAUGUGGAUGUUGCUGUCUUUUGAAUUUUGUCAGCUCAUCUAACACAUUUAGGAAUACUUAUUUAUUAAUGUAUUGGUUUGCAAUUGUUUAUUACUUUUCCAUUACUGAAGUGGAGAUACAGAUGUAAACUUCCACUUACUGCAAACAUCUGCUGCAGGUACAGUAUAUGAAAUACAGAAUAGUUGAAGUUGUAAUUCCUAACACAGUGCUUUGAGGUUUUCCUUGAAGUAUUGUAUAUGAUGGAAUAUCUUGCUAAAUUGUUUUUAAGCAGUUUAAUAUAUGCAAUAAGGUGAUGCAGGGUAGUGGCACUUUUAUAUUCUCUACUACUGACUUGCCAUUAGAUGCCAGUGGGAAUCAAAGUUUGAGUGACUGUCUGGAAUUCUAAACAUCAGGUUGAUCAACUGAUGGCACUGUCUUCUCUUGGACUUGCCAAGGAGCCAUAAAUAAGAACCACAGAAUGAUCAGGUUGGUCAUCCAGUCUUUGACAAGCUCUGACUUAAUCCUGUUCUGUUUAACUUCUGGGCAUAGACUACCCAAAGACAGAGUAGCCUUAUUCUAGACUCAAACUUUCACUAUUUUAACUGUGUAUUUAGAAAGGAGAAAAGCACAUGUUACAUUUUAGGUAGGGAAAGGACUGUCAUACGUUGCAGCCUAGAUUUGUUUAAUAGUUCCUCACUUGAAAUGUUAAAUAAUAACUUAGCUUUUUUUUUUUUUUUUUUUUUUAAAGAUAGCUGGGAUAUAUGUAAUGUUUGGCUUGUGCCCAUGUAUGUCUGUACUGUCCUCUGUUCUGACCUAUGGUUUUACAAAUAGAUGAAUACAGAUUCUCCAAGGUACUUUUUCCCAAGUUAAAGCUACCUCUUAGUGAACAUGUUUUGCUAGAACUAAAACUUUAUUGUGCCUAUUUCAACAUGUCAGUACUAUAAGGAAAAAGUUGUAAUGAGUUGCAGGUUCCUUCAGCAUGCUAAAAUUGCUUGUAUUAAAGUUGAUCAGCUUGUGUUAGUUGUAUGGUUUUAAGACCUGCCUUA